CAUAUUACCGCCUCUGUCUUCUUUUAUCGAUAUUUGUUGCUCGUUCUCUCUUUACGCAUGCUUCUCUCCAACUUCGAUAUCGUCUGUUGAACGAUUGAUGAACCCGACGAUUCCAGCUCAAACAACUCCCCCAUUCCCUCGAGCUAAUUAUGGCUACAGACAAGGACCAGGACGCGGCCUCGGUAGGCGUCCAUACUGAAGCCACCAGCAGCGCUCAGCUUCCGACCUUCGCAGUCGAACCACCUGAAGCGCAGAGUGAGUAUGUGUACGAUCGCGAUUAUCGAUUCUGGUCCAUUAUUAUCGCGCUGUGUACUAUGCAGGUCCUGUGUUCGCUGGAAAACACCGUCGUCGUCACCUCUCUCCCUACCAUCGUCCAGCAGUUGGGUCUGGGAAGCAGCUACAUUUGGGUCACCAACAUAUUUUUCCUGGCAACAUCCGUUGUGCAGCCGCUCACUGGCCAGCUGGCCGGCCUCUUUGGCCGUCGCCAUGUCGCUCUCGCUGUCGUCGCUCUGUACACGCUGGGCAGUGGUCUCGCAGGGGGCGCAAACGGACCAGCCAUGCUCAUCGCGGGCCGUGCCGUUCAAGGUGCGGGGAGUGGUGGGAUGACGGCUAUUAUGGGCAUUGUGAUCUCAGACCUCGUUCCUCUCCGCUUGAGGAGCAGUUAUCAGGCCAUCCUCGCCAUGACUUACGCAGUCGGUAUGGCGAUUGGCCCUGUCGUGGGUGGUGCUAUUGUCCAGACGACGACGUGGAGAUGGGUGUUUUAUAUCAACCUCCCAAUCGGCGGCAUCUCUCUCGUCCUUCUGUGGCUAUUCCUACGUGUCAAAUGGGACAAAGAGACCAAGACCUGGGACAAGCUGAAACGGAUUGAUGUCGUGGGCAACGGCGUCUUGGUAGCAUCCACGGUAUCAGUGCUCAUCGCGCUGACUUGGGCCGGCUCUGUAUACCCAUGGUCGUCUUACCGUAUCAUUGUCCCGCUCACGAUCGGUCUCGCAGGACUCGUGGGCUUCUUUUGCAUUGAGGGUUCCGCAUGGGUGCCGGAGCCUGUAAUGCCACUUCGUCUUUUCGCAAAUCGUACCUCAAUAAUUAUAUAUGCGAAUACCUUUGUCGUCUCGAUCCUGAACUACUGGAUUUUCUUUUUCCUGCCUCUCUAUUUUCAAGCUGUCCGAUUAUCAACACCCACACGCUCGGGCGUACAAAUUCUACCCAUUACCUUGAUUGCUGUGCCGGGAGCUGCGGUCGGAGCCGUUGCAUUAUCUAAAUGGGGCAGAUAUAAGCUGCUUCAUAUUAUCGGCUUCGCGUUCCUUGCCGCUGGGCUCGGCUCCUUCGCCGUACUUACAAAGAACUCGAGCACAGCAGAAUGGGUGUGCCUCCAAAUCCUCCCAUCCAUCGGCGCGGGCAUGGUUCUAGACACCUUGCUACCGGCCUUCCAAGCAGGCGUGGGGGAGGUGGAUUCCGCCGCAGCCGCAGCAAGCUGGUCCUUCGUCCGCAGCUUCGGAAAUAUCUGGGGCGUUGCGAUCCCUGGAGCCAUCCUCAACAUCUACAGUAGUCGGUAUGCCACUGAUAUCAUAGUUGAUCCAACAGCGAGAUCGUCCCUUCAGAAUGGCGAUGCGUACUCAAGGGCGACACGAGACUUCGUCGAGUCAUUUUCCGAGCCAACGCGGAGUCAGAUCGUUGAGGUCUUUACCAAAGCCCUGAGCAAGGUCUUUCUUAUUGGCAUUGUAUUUCCAGUACUGUCAUUUAUCCUGUCAUUCAUGGAGCGGGAGGUAAAGCUGCGGAAAGUGCUUGAGACCGAGUUCGGGCUUGAAGACAAAAAGAAACCAAAACCUAGCGAGAAAGUCUGAAGGCUUUUGAUCUAACUUUGGAUCAGGGAGGGCUUCAUUGCUCUGUGUUUCCAUGUACUUCACUUCGUACUUGUUCCCUUUUAAUACCGCUUCAUAAACCUAUGUAUCCUGGCACUACAUUCUUUAUUCAACACAACCCUUGAAGUUGAAAAUGAGGGAACGAAUUUGUCAUUACUUG